UUGUCAAAUUAGAAACAACAGAAUGUUAGGUGUCUUGGGUAAUGUGUCUGGGGAUUACUGCUGUAUAUUUAGGGUUUUAUGCUACAAAUUUACAAGAGCUCAGACUACAAAUAAUGUUAAAAGGAAACAAAGACUUUUGUACUUAAAUGAUUUCCAACAGCCACCAGAAAUCAUCACCUAACCUGUACAAGGUUAACUAUGAAUGUACAAUUGUAUUCCAGACUAUUGGUAGUCUUCUUGACCAAUACCGUGUGGACUCGUAAUAUCAGGCCAAUGUAUGAUCAGCCUGAUACAUAUGACUGGUCCUUCUACAGCUUUGAGUGCCCACAAGAAUGCUUCUGCCCUCCUAGUUUCCCAAACGCCUUAUAUUGUGAUAGCAAGGAACUUAAAGAAAUUCCAGCCAUCCCAGCAAGAAUCUGGUAUCUCUACCUCCAAAACAAUCUCAUUGAAACAGUUACAGGGAAAUCUUUUGUGAAUGCCACACAACUAAAAUGGAUAAAUCUGAACAACAACAAAAUUACCAGCAAUGGAAUUGAAAAGGGUGUAUUCGGCAACUUGAAAAAUCUACUCUACUUAUUUCUUGAGAAUAAUGAGUUAGAAGAAGUGCCUGCUCCAUUGCCAUUGAGUUUAGAGCAGCUGCGUUUGGCAAGAAACAAAAUCGCUACAAUCCCCGCAGGGGUCUUCAACAAUAUGGAAAACCUCACUGCGCUAGAUCUACAUCAAAACAAACUGUUGGACAGUACUCUCUCAAGUGACACCUUCCAAGGACUUAACAGCCUCAUGCUACUCAACAUCGCUCAAAAUUCACUUACAAAAAUGCCACCAACCCCUCCAGCUAAUGUAAUACAGCUGUUUUUGGACAAUAACUCCAUUGAAGCAAUACCAGAAAAUUAUUUUGAUGCAACGCUCAAACUGAUUUUCCUUCGACUGAACAACAAUAAAUUAACCGAUAAAGGUCUACCAUCCAAAAUAUUUAACAUUUCAUCUCUUCUUGACCUUCAGCUUUCUUACAAUGAACUCACCAAAAUCCCAUCUAUCAAUGUUCACCUCGAGCACCUUUACCUUGACAACAACAGGAUCGACAGUAUUAAUGGAACCCAAAUAUGUCCAGUUCCUAUCCCGGGGGAUCAUGUCUAUGAGAGGAACUUACCACGACUCCGCUAUCUCCGCCUGGAUGGCAAUGAAAUCAAACCUCCAAUUCCAUUUGACCUCAUGUUAUGCUUCCGACUUCUUCAUGCUGUUGUUAUUUAAGGACAGCUUAGUGUUACCAUUAUUGCGUUAGUAAACAGGUUUUGCUGGCAUUAAACUUGUUAGAACUUCCAGGUGUUUUUCUGUCAAUUAUACUGUCCCCCCAUAGAGUCUGAUUUUUGAUUUUUAGUGUUUCAUCACUUCUUUUUCUUUCUCAAAAAUACUCUCUUGGUACAGCCAACCUGUCCCAAUUAUUUUAAAUGUCACUCUAUUAAGACGAUGCUUUUGCUACUCAAAUGUAUUAUCUAGCUGUGGGUUCAAUAAAAGUUUUGGCAUUCUUCUUCUACACUCUAUACAUAUUGGCCUGCAGAUUCAGGUGUAGUACAUUUCACAUAUUAAGCAAAAGUAGAAUAUAUAAUUGCUUAUUUUGUUAUCUUUUUUUUAAAAAAGAGCAUUGCUGUAGAUGCCAGAUAGCAUGUUUAAUGAUAAAAAUAAGUAGCAGAAAUCUCUUUCCCACCCUCUUCAUUCACGGAAAGUGUUAUAUUGAAGACAUUAACAGCUGCAACACUGCUUCAUUUUGUUAGAAUGGGGCCAAACAUCUCUCUUUACAAAAAUGAACAUGUAAAAUCAUACAGUUCAGAAGCUCCAUAUGCAUGGAGCAUGGCUUUCCACCAGCAGUGAUGUUUAAACAUGUACUUUCUUACUUGUACUAUUCCCUCAUGAUAUACCAGCAGAAUUGCCAGUAAAUUCCACCUGUAAGAAAUUUCAAGGUAUACCUUAGCAAACCAUCUAAGGGAUUUUGAGGGAAGAGUUAUAAGAAGAUGAAUGCAAGUUAUGUACAUCCCUAAAACACUAGCAUUGGUACAAACACAUUUCAUUUAUCAUUGGUCAUGAACAGCAGAAGCAGCCUUAGGUAUAUGUUUAUUGAAAAGUGCACAAAGAAAAACUGCAAAAAAUGAUUUUGUUAGGAGAAAUGCACAUGAACUGUGUUCAAAUUUUUGUGUAGGCUUUAUUUAACCAAAUGUAAACUGACAUAGAAAUGGAGCAAACUGAACUUAAAAUUGGAAAAAUGAGAAACGGGAACUGAAAUUGACAAAUCUGUUCAUCUCUACUUGGUGAAUGUUAUCUUUACCAUCCGAAAAAGUAGAUUUGCAUGCUAAAUUAUACAUAACUAGAGCCACAGUAGCCAUAGUAAUUUAUUUUUAGUCAAACAACUUUACAUGAUGAUGAUGAUGAUGAUGAUGAUGAUGAUAUUAAUAAAGAAAUGUGACUCACUAA